AUGGACGUCUCUAGAAAUGUGUCAAAAGACCAUAAUCCUCGUGCCGUCACUUUUACUCAAGGAUGUUGUUCUUUUAAUCUUACGCCUCCUAGUACUCCAUCCAGUAUAUACGAUGAGGAAUCAAUCGUUCGUCAGAUCGCAAAAUUAUAUGUUGGUCCACAAAAGGAACAAACUCCUGUUGAAGAGACUAUUUCGAUCUCUAAAUCUGGUCAAGGUCUAUUUUGUUUCCCCCCAGCGCUGUCAAAGUCUGACUCGAAGUCGUUUACUCCUUCUCCUGUUGUAACUACUACUACUCAUAAAUAUGCUUCAGAGAUGUUUGGGUGUACUUGGGGUGCUUUACCUUCUAGGUGGUUGUAUGUCUCAAAUUUUCCUACCGAUAUUUAUGGUGACGUCCAAGAAAUUCUUGCUGGAAUCGGUUAUGCUUAUGUGAUCUAUUAUGAUCUUCGUGACGCUGUCAAAGCACACCAAUUUCUUCGUCAUCAAAACGCGCCUCAUAACCAGCGUAGAUUGGAAAUCCAAUUUUCUUCUAAACCAUGCGCUGUGCAGUCAUGGGAUGCUGUUGCAGAAGACUUUAAGCGUCAUCAAAAAACUGGUUUGGCCAUUCCUCCUCCCCCUCGCCAGUUCCCGGUUGCCCCUUCACCGGACUUAGAAAAUAGAUCUGAAGAUAUGGCAAAGUUUUCUCCAUCCCCACCUGAAAAUAGUACCGUAAUUUCUUCUGGUAAUAGAUCUAUCCCAGAGAAGAAUACUCUUGAUCUUGAAAGAAUUCAAAAUG